UGAAAGGACAGCUCUGUAUUUUUGUGACGAUUUAACGCUAAAAAUUGGAAAAUAAUUGCUGAAAAAUCCUCAAAUUGUCUUUAACUGUUGUUACUGCAUCAUUUUUUGCGUGUACCGCGUUUGGGUUUUGCUGAAAUUCGGAGAAAAAGCUCAACUUAUGACACAAUUUUUGAUUCGCUGCGUUUUGUGACAUAUAAGGGGGGCAUCUCUCUCGUAAAUAUCCGUAGUACAUGCAUGUGCAAGAAUAAAUAUUUAAAGCAAUUUUCGUUUGUUCUUUGAGUUGUUGUAAUUGAGAAAAUCUAGUUCGAGGACGUCUGAUCAAUGUGAGACAGCAACAUCAUGACAAUUAUUCUCUUUCUGAUCGACACAUCGGCGUCGAUGAGUCAAAAGGCUCACGUAAAUGGCGUACAAAAGAGCUACUUGGACAUUGCAAAGGGCGCAGUUGAAACGUUCCUCAAGUAUCGUCAACGAUCGCAAGAUUGCAUGGGAGAUCGCUACAUGCUAUUGACUUUCGAAGACCCCCCCGGCAACGUAAAAGCUGGUUGGAAGGAAAAUCACGCGACUUUCAUGAACGAACUCAAGAAUUUACAAAGUAACGGCUUGACUUCGAUGGGCGAAGCACUGAAAAAUGCCUUUGAUUUGCUCAAUCUCAACCGAAUGGUAUCCGGUAUCGACACCUACGGGCAAGGACGAUGUCCCUUCUAUCUCGAACCAUCAGUUAUAAUCGUAAUUACGGAUGGCGGACGAUAUUCUUACCGAAACGGGAUCCAUCAUGACAUUGUAUUACCCUUGCAUGCGCAAAUUCCGGGCGCAAAACUCACAAAAGAGCCUUUCCGAUGGGACCAAAGGUUGUUUUCGCUCGUUUUACGAAUGGCAGGCAACCGUAUGGAGGAACGUGUCGAAGGUAAAGUCCCGCAUGAUGACUCUCCGAUCGAAAAAAUGUGCGAAGUAACUGGCGGAAGGUCGUACAAAGUGCGUUCGCAAUACGUGCUGAAUCAAUGCAUCGAGAGUUUGGUUCAAAAAGUUCAACCGGGCGUCGUUGUGCAUUUCGAUCAACUCGUUUUCAAGGACAUGAAAGACGGCGAAGUGCAAGAUAUCGCCUUUCAACCGACCAAAAAGAUGAUUUACGUCGUCAAAGCACCGCAGCAAAAGGCAUUCCCUGUCGGUUAUUGGCCCAUUCCUGAACCAUAUUGGCCAGAUUCGAAAUCAGCAAGUCUCCCGCCGCGUGAUGCACAUCCCAAAAUACGAAUUAUUUCGCCGUGCAUCGAUGAGCCGCCGAUUGUGAGAAAUUUUCCCAUCGAUAAAUACGAGUUGGAAGCAUGCCCGUUGACGUUGCAGAUUUUGUCGAAGAAAGAACCGAACAAAGUAUGGCCUUUAUUGGUUUCCAAUCAGAAUGGCAUGCACGGAAACGAAAUGCCUUUCGGUUAUUUGAAGGCAAAUAGCACUUUAACAAUCGUUCAUAUGUACGUGCUGCCUUACAACUAUCAUCUCUUACUGCCAUUGAUAAAUGAUUUUUUUCAAAAGUUCAACGGAAGUGCCCCCAAUGAGUGGAUUGUCAAGUUUUCGAAUUACGUGCGGGCAAUUCCGCAGUACUAUUGUCCCUUUUUGCGACGAGCUCUGCUAAGUGCGAAUAUCCCAUAUCCCUUUUUGGGAUACAUCCUGCCCGAGAAUUUGGACAACUAUUUGAGCGCCUCGAUAGCUACUUACUUAAAAACGAUGAAAAACACGGCGAAACAAGAUCAGGAGAACCUCUGUUUGCGCGUUUUCAAACAACUGAAACUCCCGAAGCCGCCAUACCAUCAAAUCGAAACGGCAAAAUUGAAUGUUGGGUUGCAGCUGAAACGCGAUCUCGUGACACAUCCGAUGCUCAAGGAGACUUUUACAAAGUUACAUCAAGAUAUCGCGGGCAAUUUGUACGAAAAUUACACGAUUACCGUACCAACGUUGACGAAUUCUGUCGCGACGAAGAAUUAUCGCAACCCCUUCGACAUUCCACGGAAAGAUUUGAUUGACGAAGUCGCUCGAAUGCGAGAGAAUUUCCUUCGUUUGCCCACAAAUGGCAUUAGUUUGUUCACAAAAGAUGCGGGACAUUGUCUGCCCAUCGCUGAAAUGGGUAAUUAUCAGGAGUAUUUGAAGAAUAAGGAGACGCCGUUGCGUGAAUUGGAGCCGACAAAUGUCAGACAACACAUGUUCGGCAACCCCUAUAAGAAGGACAAGAACAUGGUGAUGGUUGACGAAGCAGAUCUCGGGGAAAUGGCACCCAUGAAGAACAUGACGGGACAAAAUAUGCCAAAAAGACUGGAAAACAAGACGAAACAACGGCGGAAAGCGGGACCAUUGAAGAAGGAUUUCGUUUAUGAACGAGUUCGUACGAGCAGUGAAAGUUCGAGUAUUUUAUUAGACAGUCCCUGUCCAUCGCCGAUGUCGAUUGGAAGUGAUAUCGAAGACGAUGCGGCUUCAAGUGACACAAGUAGUGUGAUGUCGACGUCAGAAAUUGCCCCAUCCUCUGAAAAUCGACUCGAUUUCGAGUUUAAUGAACCUGCUAUCGAAGACUUUUCCAUGAACGGGCACGUUCAGAGCUUCAUAAAUGGCGAUACUGACGAAGAUGAUGCCGAAAAUGCGCCUCCUGUACAAAUCCCAAGACCUCCGAUUGAACCGCCGACCCUCAUGGCGCCCAUUUCUUUCGUCAAUAAUGUCAUUGCGCCCCCAAUUUCUUCUCAGGCAACCCAAAAUGGGCAAAAUCCCGCUUCCAUAAUUGCUCCCAUCGUUUCCGUCCCUCCCGUUGUCGCUACUUUAACGCCUCAAAUCACGCCGCAAGUGGCAAGUAGCAGUUCGCAUCAUCACAACGACCUGAAUGACGCGCAAGAGAUCUCAAAAAUCCUCCAAACUUGUCACAAUGGCGGAAAUUCAACAUCAUCAACACCCGUAAUUAUCACAAAUAACGUCGUUGCGUCUCCCAUCGCCGCAAACAAUCACUCCGAAUUCGAAUCUGAUGCGGAAAAUGCGCCGCCCAACGCUCAGGAACACGAAAAUGCAUCGAAAGCAGUGCAUUUAGUGAACAGCACGCCGCAUCCGCUGCUCACGAAUCACAAUGCCAACAACAACAAUAAUACUCCGUUAGCAGCACAACAAGUCAAUCCACACACGAAUCACAUUAAUCACAAUAACAACAACAACAACUUCCCCGAAGACGAUGACGAAACGAAGGAAAAUAUUCGACAGCAGAACAUGGAGACACGAAAUUUGAUUUUCAAGGAGAUUCGAAAGCCGGGACGCGAUUAUCGCAAACUUAUUGAGCAUCUCGAUCUGAUACGCGGCAAUUUUGACACGAAAUUCACCUUUGUGCAAAUGUGCAUCAACGAGUCGCUCCGAUUUCGAAGGAAACGUAUGGCAGACAGCAUUCAAGAAUGGUGGAAUAGCCAAGUAGAUCAACUGUCGUGAUUUUAUGCAUAAUGAAAAAAAAAUAAAAAAAAAUAUAUGAAAGUUGUAGAUUUCUUGUAAAUAUUAUUUCUUAGAAAUUUUUGAUAUAAUUUAA